AUGAAGCUGGCCCUGGCCGGGUGUUGCCUGCUGGUGCUGAUGCUGAUGAGCACGGUGCUGACUAGCACGGUGCUGACUACCACGCCCCUCGGGACCCUUCUGGGUGCAAGGGGCUGCCACGUGGCCCAGUUCAAGUCUCUGUCCCCACAAGAGAUGAAGGCCUUCAGGAGGGCCAAGCACGCCUUGGAAGAGUCCCUCCUGCUGAGGCACCGGAGCUGCAGCUCCCACCCAUUCCCCAGGACCUGGGACCUGAGGCAGCUGCAGGUGUGGGAGCGCCCUGUGGCCUUGGAGGCUGAGCUGGCCCUGACACGGAGGGUCCUGGGGGCCAUAGCUAACUCGAACCUGGGGGACGUCCUGGACCAGCCCCUUCUCACGCUGCGCCACAUCCACUCCAAGCUUCAUGCCUGUGUCCCAGCUGAGUCCACAGGCCCCAGGCCCCUGGGCCGCCUCCGCCAAUGGCUGCACCGCCUCCAGGAGGCUGAGAAGAAGGAAUCCCGUGGCUGCCUUGAAGCCUCUGUCACAUCCAACCUCUUCCGCCUCCUGGCCCGUGACCUGAAAUGUGUGGCUGAUGGAGACCUGUGUGUGUGACUCUGAGGCCCACCCGCCACCUGUCCCAGCACCUUGGUUUAUUUAUGCACCUCCACCUUUCUUAAUUUAUUGCCACCCCACCACUAUUUAUGCAUUUUUUGUGUGUGAAUUGUCAAACUCGCACCCGAUAAAGUAUUUGUUUUUCUACUUUUUGUAAGAAUUGUUCAAAUAAAUGAUAAGAAAAAGAUGUGUCCUGUGC